CCGCAGCUUUGUGCUUCAACCAGCCAGCCACGUUCCAUGCAAUGCCUACCCCUCACCACAAGAUGGCGACUCCAAACCACCAGUCGUCACGACUGGCUCCAGAGAUGUUAAGUUAAGUUCACUCGAAAGCAUGACAGAGCAAAAUGAUUAAAUAGUGAACCAUGUUCAUUACAUAGAUAUGAAAAUAUGAUUUAAAAACUUUCAUGUUAUUUCACCUUGUCUGCCUGAAACAUUAGCGCAGACUUCGGGAACAUUGAAAGCGGGAGCAGAAAGCGACGAUACUUUGAAUGUUCUGUAUUUACCUCAAUGUUUUGUCUUUGAACACCGUCAGAUAGCCAAUGAAUACAACAGCACGUAGACUACUACAAACUACACAUAUAGGUGUUCGACUACUUAAGUUGUCUGUGGUUCAGCAGAGAGCAGUUGAGACAUUUGUUUUUUUUCUGCCGCUGUGGUUCGGCCUGCCUCGGAGCCCUUCGCCCCGCCCUGCCUCGCUGUAGUUUUUACAACCGCCGAGGCGCCGUCUGCAUAGUCGACAUUUUUCAGCCGCAUCAUCGCAGCUGACGUGGGGACUACGUGAGCGCCGGCUCGGGCCAUCCACUCCUACCGUAAUCAGUGACGAGGCCCUCUACGUAAACGCUCGCUCCAUCACCAUGGAGACGAUGGUUGCCGUUCAACAGGACGACAGUAUAAGUGAUUCUCUGACAGACGGUGAGUCCAGUCAGAUUCACAGCGACUCCAGCUCCUCCCCUGCACCGCUGGCUCAGUCUGGUGUGACUGUUCUUCAGCUGCCUGGUGGUCAGACAGUGCAGGUGCAGGGGGUCAUCCAUGCCCAGCCAGCAUCAGUGAUACAGCCACCACAGCAGGCUGGAGCUGAAGGUGAUGCUGACUCCGCCUGUGACUCCCAGAAGAGGCUAGAGAUUCUUUCCCGCCGACCCUCUUACAGAAAGAUCCUAAAUGAGCUGUCGUCAGACGCACGCUCCCAGCCGAAGAUCGAGGAGGAGGAGACGGACGAACAACACAUCCUUCCCAUCUCUAGCGUCGCCACGGUGAUGACCUCACCCUCCAUCUACCAGACCAGCUCAGGACAGUACAUCACCAUCACCCAGGGGGGGGCCCUGCAGCUGGCCUCGGGGGGGCUGCAGACGCUCACGAUACCCAGCGCUGGGGGGCCUCAGGCGGGGGCCACCAUCCUGCAGUACGCCCCGCAGACCACAGACGCCAGCCAGUUCCUGCUGCCGGGGGGGCAGGUGUUCGUCCAGGCUGCUACAGGUGACAUGCCCACCUACCAGAUCCGCUCCCCUGCGUCCGGUCUACCUCAGGCGGUCGUCAUGGCAGCGUCGCCGGGGGGGAUGCACAGUCCGCCACAGGAAGUAGAGGUGACGCGCAAGAGAGAGGUCCGCUUGAUGAAGAACAGAGAGGCAGCUCGUGAGUGCAGGCGGAAGAAAAAGGAGUACGUGAAGUGUUUGGAGAACCGAGUGGCAGUUUUGGAGAACCAGAACAAGACGCUGAUCGAAGAACUGAAAGCACUUAAAGACAUCUACUGUCACAAGGGAGAUUAACACACACACACACACACACACACACACACACACACACACACACACACACACACACACACACACACACACACACACACACUUGAACAUCUACUGCCAUAACACGGAUUAACACACACAUAUACACUCAGAGAGUUUUAAAAGACUGCUGAAAAGCACACACACACAUGAACUGUGAUGUGUGUGACGUUUACAGAUGGCUUUCCUAUGAACUACCUGCCAGCUUCAUCGCUUUCUCCUUAUUGUUUCUCUCACACACACACACACACACACACACACACACACACUCUCUCUCACACACACACACACACACACACACACACACACACACACACACACUUUCACACACACACUUCUCACCUUACUGCUUCUCAGCUGUGGUUGCUCGGUCAACCGUGAGACAUUUAGAAUGCUUUAUCUAAGCGUGCUCAUAAUCCCCCCCCACACACACACACACACACACACACAAGCCCACAGCAUUCUUUUGAGUUGUGUUGUAUUUAGGAUAUCACACACAUGUGCUCCCUCCUCUGACACACACACACACACACACACACACACACACAAACACACAGUUAUCUGAUCCUACCCUCAGUGAACAGAAAAAUCUCAGGACUUUUGGUCUACUCUAUACACACACACACAUACAGGUGCACACACACAGACACUCACACACACUCACAAAAACCAGCUGUUCUACGAUAACUAGGGGUAUGUGGACUUGUGAUAAGCCUGUUCCAGUAUGUACUAAGAGUGUGUGUGUGUGCGCGCGCACGCAAAUAUAGGGGGAUACAAUGAUAUUUUUGUAUAAAAAGUGAAAGUGUGUUUGACGAGCGUUUGUGUUGACCUGGGAGCUCCCCAGUCAUCGCUGUUAGCAUUAGCUUAGCAUGUUAGCUUCUGUUCAGACUUGCGUUUUUAAUCCGCCAGCCUCCUGUUCCGCUGUGUAAAGAAGAAAUCCUCUACAAUGUCUAUUUUUAAUAAAAAUACCUUUUUGCUGAA